AACAUGGAUCACAUGCUUCUCUCUAACUGGUUUCAUCUUCACUCCUCAGUGCCCUCAUCCUAUGUGCAACCACCGGAAAGUAGACCCGGCAUGGUUGUUGUUGCUUCCGGCAAGACAAUCCCGGUGGUGGAUCUUGGGGAACAAGAUCGCGCCGAAACCAUGAGGCACAUUUUGAGAGCCUCCGAGGAGUAUGGAUUUUUCCAGGUUAUCAACCAUGGAAUUUCCAAGAUGUUAAUGGAGGAUACACUAAAUAUUUUCAAGGAAUUCCAUACCAUGCCUGCAGAAGAAAAGAUAAGUGAAAGUUCCAAUGACCCAAAUGGAAGCUGCAGGCUAUAUACAAGCCGUGAGAUUAACAACAAAGAUUGCAUUCAGUUUUGGAGGGACACAUUAAGACACUGCUGUCCACCUUCGGGAGAAUUCAUGGAGUUUUGGCCUCAGAAACCUGCAAGAUACCGGGAAGUUGUUGAGAAAUAUACACAAGAACUGAGAACAUUGGGACUCAAAAUUUUAGAGCUGUUAUGUGAAGGAUUAGGACUUGACCCAGAAUAUUGCAGUGGGGGACUUAGUGAAAGUCCAUUAUUGCUAGCUCAUCACUACCCUCCUUGCCCAGAACCAAGUUUAACCUUGGGAGCUCCCAAGCACCGGGAUCCUAAUCUUGUUACCAUUUUGCUUCAAGAAAAAGAUAUAAAUGCACUUCAAGUCUUCAAGGAUGGGGAAUGGAUUGCUGUUGAGCCGAUUCCCUAUGCUUUUGUGGUUAACAUUGGGCUUCUGUUACAGAUCAUUAGCAAUGGAAGGCUCAUCGGUGCUGAACACCGUGUUGUCACAAAUUCAGGCACUUCUAGGACCACUGUUGCCUAUUUCAUCCGUCCAACAAAUGAGAAGAUUAUAGAACCUGCAAUGCCUUUGACAAGUUUAGGUGCUCGCCCAAUCUACAAGUCCAUUACAUUGGAAGAGUUCUUGAGAAUUUUCAUGAGCAAGGGUCCUGACAUUGAACCAGAAUUACUCUUUUAA